AUGUCUACACCAUUCACGCUAGACAACCGCGCUCAAAGCGGAUUCCAAAACGCCGCCCUCUAUGACACACAUCGCCCAUCCUACCCGCCCGAAGCUGUCUCCAAACUCCUCACACACCUUGAUCUCGCAGGCGUACAAGGAGCAAAAAUCGUAGACUUGGCGUGUGGAACAGGGAAGUUUACGGAGUUGCUGGCGAAGAGGGAGGAGGGGUUUGAGGUUGUGGGCGUGGAGCCACAUGCUGGGAUGAGAGAGGAGCUUGUUAAGAAGGGGCUGAAGGGAGUUGUGGUUAGGGAUGGGGAUGCGGGGAAUAUGGGGGUUGAGGAGGAGUGGGCGGAUGGGGUUAUUGCUGCUCAGGUAAGACGUCUUUUGAGUAUGUUUGCUACGGAAGAUUCGUUGAAGGAGAUUCAUAGAGUCCUCAAGCCUGCUGGCUCGUUUGGGAUGAUUUGGAAUGUCGAUGAUUAUAAUGCGCCCAAGGACUGGCCUUCAAGAAGUAAAUGGCAACAGAAGCUGAAGGAUAUCAUACAUUCACUUGAGGACGGGCAUCCUAGGUUCAGGCACCUGCAGUGGAAACAGGUUUUUGAGAAGCAGCAGGAUAGCAGUCCAUUGCAGGCUUUGGCAGACACUUUCACGCAUCACAUGCCUAAGUUUUCAUUGCCGAUUGGAGAGGAGAGUAUGGAUUGGGUGGCUUAUUUGACUGAUGAGGCUGUAUGGGAUCGCUAUUCUACAUUGAGCCAGAUAUCGAACUUGAAGGGUUCUGGCAGGUAUGAAGAGGUGCGAAAGGAGGUGUUUGAUUCGCUCAAGGCAGAGGGUGUUGAGCGGAACGCUGCUGGGGAUAUUGCUGUCCAUGGAAAGACGUUUAUGGCUUGGACCUCUCGAAUUUGA